GGAUUCUUAAAACCCAUGUCAAACUCGUCCAGCCCACCACCGGAGCUCCAGGAUGCUCGCAGUGAAACACAUGUCGCCCGCGCCACCUCUCCACUGCAGCUUCUCGGCGCCCAUCCAAACCCUAAAGCCUACUCUCACUCUGCCGCUAAUUCCGUUCUUGAAGAAGGAUAAGUUUCGAUUUCGAUGCGAGCUCACGAGCUUUGGAAAACCCCAAAAAUGGGCCGUUGAAUUCGACUCCACCACAAUUCCAAAUCCUCGUCCUGUUCUAAUGGCUUCCACUGCCACAUUGACUUCUUCUCCCAGGAAUGCUAAGAAGGUAUGCCUUUUCUACUGCGCAGAGACGAAGGCGCUCGCCGAGCGAAUCGCCGCCGAGUCCGAUGCCAUUGAACUUCGUAGCAUCACCUGGAGGACAUUUGAAGAUGGAUUCCCCAACUUAUUCAUAUCUAAUGCUCAAGGGAUUCGCGGACAGCAUGUAGCAUUUCUAGCCUCAUUUAGUUCCCCAGGAGUAAUAUUUGAGCAGCUCUCUGUUAUAUAUGCAUUGCCUAAGUUGUUCAUCUCCUCAUUCACACUAGUCCUUCCCUUUUUUCCCACUGGUACUUCUGAGCGCAUGGAGGAGGAGGGAGAUAUUGCAACAGCUUUUACUCUUGCUAGGAUCUUGUCAAAUAUACCAAUUUCAAGGGGAGGACCUACUAGUUUAGUAACUUUUGAUAUCCAUGCCUUGCAGGAGAGGUUCUACUUUGGUGAUAAUAUUCUUCCAUGCUUUGAUAGUGGGAUACCAUUGCUGAAAGCAAGGCUUCAACAACUUCCUGAUUCUGACAAUAUAUCCAUAGCUUUUCCUGAUGAUGGUGCAUGGAAACGAUUUCAUAAGCAGCUGCAGCAUUUCCCAACGAUUGUUUGUGCAAAAGUUCGGGAAGGUAACCAACGAAUUGUACGUAUCAAGGAAGGAGAUCCUAAAGGGCGCCAUGUUGUCAUUGUUGAUGAUCUGGUACAAUCUGGUGGCACUCUGAUUGAAUGCCAGAAAGUGUUGGCCUCCCAUGGAGCAGCAAAAAUCAGUGCCUAUGUGACACAUGGGAUCUUCCCCAAUAGGUCAUGGCAACGCUUUGGAGAAGAUAAAGGAGGGUGUCCUGCCAAUGGGCUGACCUACUUCUGGAUCACAGACUCAUGCCCCUUGACAGUGAAGGAAGUGAAGAACAAACCCCCUUUUGAAGUUCUUAGCCUUGCUCGUUCCAUAGCAGCAACCCUCCAGAUAUAACAGUGGCCUAAAAGCAUCGUCAUUUUCUUUCUUUUGGUCAUGUAACCAUCUAAGUUAGAGCAGACUUGGGAGUUGCACUUAAGAGG